CUCUAUCCAAAAACUAAAAAUAAAAUGGGGACGAAGAGAGAACAAAGGAAAGAAACGAAACAAAAACGGGCGCCAAACAUGGCUGUUCUGGGAUCCUUCAAAUUCACCGGCUGAAAUUUCCCGCCAUGCCAAUCUUCUCAUCUCGGGGUCACAGUCGCUCGAACAGAUUUGCUUUAUAACUCUCUCUCAAUGCUCGGGUACUGGGGGCAAUUUUCUCAUUAGCUAAACAAAGCACCGGGUCCCUGCUCAAACCUCGUAUAGAUUGGGAAGCAACAUGGGGAUUCAGGGGCUUUUGCCGCUACUGAAGUCGAUCAUGGCCCCAAUCCAUGUCAAGGAAUUGGAGGGCUGUUCUGUUGCGGUCGACACCUAUUCUUGGCUACACAAGGGCGCCUUGUCUUGCAGCAGAGAGCUCUGCAAAGGCCUACCCACCACCAGCAUUCUGCAGGCACAUUGAAUAUUGCAUGCAUAGAGUGAAUCUGCUCCGGCACUGUGGCGUUAAACCUAUUCUUGUAUUUGAUGGAGGUCUUCUGCCAAUGAAGAUUGAACAAGAGAACAAGCGUGCCAGGGUGAGGAAGGAAAAUCUUGCACGUGGUAUUGAGCAUGAGUCAGAUGGAAAUUCUGCUGCUGCUUAUGAGUGCUACCAGAAAGCUGUUGAUAUUUCACCUUUGAUUGCACAUGAAUUAAUCCAGGUGUUAAAACAGGAGAAUGUGUCUUAUAUUGUGGCUCCUUAUGAGGCAGAUGCCCAAAUGACCUUCUUGGCCAUUGGCAAACAGGUUGAAGCAGUUAUUACUGAGGACUCAGAUCUUAUACCAUUCGGUUGUCCUAGAAUCAUCUUUAAGAUGGACAAGUUUGGGCAAGGUGUUGAAUUUCGAUAUUCCAUGCUACAGCAGAACAAGGAGCUCAGUUUUGCCGGUUUCACUAAGCAGAUGCUUCUAGAGAUGUGUAUUCUGAGUGGAUGUGACUACUUGCAGUCAUUACCAGGAAUGGGCCUGAAAAGGGCUCAUGCAUUAAUCAAGAAGUUCAAAAGUUACGACAAGGUAAUUAAACACUUGAGGUACAGCACUGUUUCUGUCCCUCCAUUAUAUGAAGAAUCUUUCAAGAAAGCAAUAUUGACUUUCCAGUAUCAACGGGUAUAUGAUCCUGUCAAUGAAGAUAUUGUUCAUUUGUCUGACACAUCUGAUAACAGCAGGGAUGAUUUGGACUUCCUAGGCCCAUUAAUAGCGAAACAUACAGCAAAAGGCAUCGCAGAAGGCAAUCUUGAUCCAUUUACGAAAACGCCAAUUCAGGGAGAGAAUGUUACUGCUCCCAUGGUGCUUGACAGAACUUCCCAAUGUAAACAAUUUAAUCCUGAAAGAGCAGGAAAAAAGCUAGAUUUGCCAGUUCAGAAGAAUCUUUUGACCAAGUAUUUCUGCUUUGCAUCCCUUGAAGCAAAGAGAAAAUUCAGAGCUCCUCGAACGUCACCUAAUCAUCCAAGUCCAGAUGAUGAUUCUUCUUUUAUUCCCGAGAAAAAUGUCAUUGAGGAAGCUGCUGUAUGUAAAAUGGACUGCUUGCCAGAAUCCCCACUUGACUCCAAAAACACAGGGACUGCCCUUCCUGCAAACUAUCCUGUAGAAGAUAGUUUUGCGACUAAAAUUCCAGCGCAUUCAGAAUCUCCAACCCAUGAUAUGAGCCCUGAAACAAGAAGUCCAGAACAAACUCUACUACAACAACCCAGGUAUUCAAUUCAUAAACCUUGUACAGCAUUGCAGAAGGAGCGUGAGUGUAAGAAUGUUCCAGAUGCAGUUGAGGGCAAAAUAAGAACAGAGACAAGGGAGGUUGUGAUAAGGAGUUCUUACUUUCAGCAUAAGUCAGAAAACCAGGCAAAACCAAAUAAUGAGCAACAGAAGGCAAAGAAUGAUGGUGUUGUUGAUAUACACAAGAAUAGCAUACCCGAGGAUUAUUCUUUCAGAAAUAACCAUGUUAUGGAUAUGGUUAGGAAAAGGAAGAGCUCCUUAAAUGACUGCAUUAAAAAAGAAGAUGUGCAACCCAAGCACAGGCGUGGAGAUGCAUCCCUUACCGAAAAUGGUCACCAUGCUCCUGAACUCAGUGCAACAUCUUCAGAGACAAUAGCUGAAGAAAAGUUUGGAUCCAACAUUUCCCAUUUAAGCCGAUAUUCUGAAAUAGCUGAGAAAUCAAUAGAAAGUUUUGUUUCAGUAAUAACAUCAUUUAGAUACACUUCAUCUGGUUCUCGAGCAAGUGGUCUCCGUGCUCCUCUAAAAGAUAUUCGAAAUACUCGUACCAAUAGGCCUGCUGCUGCUGGCAUGGACUUUAGCCAAUUUGAAUUUGUACCAAAUAAGCAGAAGGCUAGCUUAGCAUCUCGUAGAGACUGAAUUCAGAUUGUAUUUAAUCAUAAUGGUUUUUUACUGAGAUCCAUCUCAGUUGCUGCAACAGAGGGUUCACUUGCUCAAGGACAUGAUUUAAAUUACUUGGAGAGCUUUGGUUACACUGCCACCUACCUGAUGGAUCAUGUGUUUGUCAUCUUAUCAUAUUUCCGUAAGUACAGAUAGAUGUGACCAUUUGAUGUUGUUGAGCUUUGAUUUAUACGAAGCUCCUUCUGAUUGAAACAAACACUGAUUGAACUGGGAUUUCUUCCCAGUUGUAAUUGUUCACCUUCUACGUUUAUGUGUUCAAAUUGAAGGAUUUAUUUUUGUUCAAA